ACGCGCCAUAAACCGAAUUAGAAAAUCCUGGGUUAACAAAGCUCACCGAUUUGUACAUAACCCGCCUCAUGACACCGGUUUUCCUUCCCCGGUUUCUCUCGCUCAGACAUCAGUUGGUCAUUGAACGCGCGUCGUAACGAACCGUCGUGUCGGCGGAGCUCGGGUUUGUCUCGUUUCGCGACCGUAGGUUACGUUUUGAUUACUAAAUCUAGCAUUGAAACAUCUCGGAUAACUGUGCGCGCCGCCUGAAAGGGGAGAAUAAUCGCACGCCGAAACCCGGAUCACAGUCAUGAACGCUGAGAGAGAUUAUCAGAUGAUUCGAAAACUGGAGAGGGCACACUUCUUCAGCACCAGAGAGCAGGAGAUGAUUCUGAAGCUGUAUGAAGAGGAGCGGGAGAUUCUGACGGCCAAGUCCAACACGACCAGCGCCUCCAAACUCCGAGAGGAAGCCUGGCAGAGGAUCGCUGACCAAAUCAAUACGGUGUCAGACAGUGGUUACAAGAGGACAUGGCAACAAGUUAAAAUCAAGCACAAAAACAUUGUCCAAACAGCGAAGAGAAGACGCGUGGAGGUGAUGAGGAGUCAGGGGGGGUCGGCGACGCCGUCGCUGCACUCGGCCGAGGAGGACGUGCUGCUCCACAAAGACAACAGGCUCCGAGUGGAGGUCCUCGCCGGAGGCUCCUGUAUAGACCCGCUGAUGGGAUCUGACAGUUCAUUUAUCAGCGUGUCCGGACAUCCCAUGCUCCUCCUGCCCGUGACUAAGACGGAACCAGAGAGCUUGAGCGGCGACGAGACAGAUAUGAGCGAUGCACAUUUUGAGGGGGAUUUAAACAGUAGCAGCUUUCAGGAAAUGUCCAACUCAGCAGCAGGUGGCAGAGGUGCAGAGACGCAGACAGAGGACAUCAGGGCCCUUUACUGCUGCUACCUCAGGAAAGAGAUGGAGAACCGCGACCAGCUGAUGGCGUACAGAGCUCUUAAAAUGAGGAAGUUGGAAAAAGAAAUCUUAAUACUCGAUAAGCAGCUCGAGUGACUAUGUAAAAAAGGUUAUUAUUAUAAUAAUAAUAAUGAUAAUAAUAUAAUAUUUAAUAUCCAACUCCACACAGCUCAGAUCUGCAUUCAAACGUCCACAAAAUAUUUAUUUAGCCAGAAAGUGGACUCGAGGCACAGCGAGGCGAAUACAAUAACCAAGGGCUCAUACGUGGUGCUGCCAUAGUACUGUUGGUUUCCAUGACGAUUCUGUUCUUACAACAUGUUUUUAGUCACAGCCAGGCAGAGGCACUUAAAGGUCCGGUGUGUGAGAAAUAACGGGAAAUCCUCUACUCACAAGUGCAUCAUUAAACUACAGUGGCCUUCACAUACCGGAGAGGAUUCAGGGGCCGUCCACACGGAAACAGGUUUAUUCUGUCUCUGUUUAUGUUAUUUUUAUCUGUUAAUGUU